AUGACUCUUCGUGGACGACGAUUGCAAUGCGAAAUGCUCUAUUUGGCUGUUUUGCUGAUAUUGAUGCCGUCGAUGGGCUUCUCAUACAAUAUUUUGGUGAUUCGCGAAUCGGAUGCUCCCUAUUCGGCGGCUCUCGAGCACAUCAAUGUCUCCGUGCAAUUCUUGGCCAAUCAUUUUGGCUUCGACAACAAUCUCAUCAUCACCGAUCUCAUCUUAAACGUGUCUAAUCCUAGCAAUAUCUCUAUUUGCUCAAUGAUCUCAUCUGGAACUGGCUGUAAUGGUAUCAUCAGUCUUGUCACAUCCCAAUCAGCUAUCAACACUGUGUAUCAAGCCGCUCAAUACUCUCAAAUUCCGACCAUUCAAAUCUUUAUGGAACGCUGGUCGCCAAAUGGUACAUUUGAUGUCGUUCCACCGGGCGAUCUCCCAAACUACAUCCCAUUGAUUUCUCCAAUUUCGGUUUUUCAAAACAUCUACGAGCCAUUGUUUCCCUUGUUUAACAUUUCUGGGAGUGUAUCCGUUGUCUUUGAUUCAAUUUAUGGCACCUACCUCACCACUUGGCAAGAAGUGAUUGAUGAGGUGCACAGUGCAAACGGCGUGAAAACCUCAUUUAUUCCCAUGGCUACAAAUUCGUCGCUGAGCGGACAGGUAGCAUCACUGGUCAAAGCUUCUCCGAACAUUUUGAUUCUUGGGGAGACGGCCAGCAUUGAGACGUUUGUCUAUGCGGCCAGUGACCAAAUCAGUAAUGGAACCGUAAACAUUUAUGUGUGGACAAAGGACAUCACUCCAUUCAAAUGCGACGAUUGUCGAAGUGUGGAGAUUUUCUGGAUUCGUCCAUAUUACACGGGGAAAGAGCUCUGGAUUCGAGAUAUGUUCGAGUAUUUGAAAGAGAACCAGAUCAUCGCUGAUCUCUCCUAUAAAUUGAGUGGCAACAAUCAGGUUGAGAUCUCCUUCUUCCUUACAGCCGCCACAUCCCUGGUGCAGAUCAUGAGAGAUCUCAAUGAUACAAAAGGAGCGAUUCCUGAAGGAUAUUCGUGUGUCCAAGAGACUUCUCCAGUUUCCAAUGACAAUGCCACCUCACCGUUUUCUUUCUUUUUGAAUGGUCAACCACGAGAGUAUGGAACAUUCGUACAAGCAGCGAAUGGAGCUGUUUAUCAAAGUGUACCUGGCCGAGUCUUCAAAAUCGAUAGAAUACGUGGAUUGGAGGAUGCAAGAUACAACAAAUUGUUAGCCAAUUGGACACUUGAGGCCGGCGUUCAGCUCUACUAUGGUUCAUUGGGUGUCGAUGUGAGAGAGCUCAACUUUUAUCGAGUUGCUUUGCUCAUUCAACCACCAUUCGUCGAGCGUUUCCCGGAUGUGAAUACGGGUCCAAAUUACACCGGAUAUUGCAUCGAGUUGAUGACGAAACUUGUCUCACAAAUUAACAUCAGUUACGAGUAUUUUGAAGUCGAAGAUGGGACAUUUGGAUCAACGGAUAUCAAUGGAAACUGGAAUGGAUUAAUUGGAGCGUUGGUGUCCGGCUCGGCAGACAUCGCUCUAGCACCAUUGAGUGUGAUGGCUGAAAGGGAAAACGAUGUCGAUUUCACCGUCCCUUAUUACGAUUUGGUUGGCACAACGAUUCUCAUGAAAAAACCCGAUGUCGAGUAUUCAUUGUUCAAAUUCAUGAAAGUGCUUGAAUGGCCUGUUUGGUUGUGCAUCGUUGGAGCGUAUCUCUUCACGAGUCUUCUUUUAUGGGUUUUCGACCGUUUUUCUCCGUAUUCGUACACUAACAACAAGGAACGAUACAAAGAAGAUCACGAGAAACGGAUAUUCAGUCUCAAGGAAUGUUUAUGGUUUUGCAUGACCUCAUUGACACCACAAGGAGGAGGUGAGGCGCCAAAGAACGUUUCUGGAAGACUCGUUGCUGCAACUUGGUGGCUUUUCGGGUUUAUUAUCAUCGCCUCUUAUACAGCCAAUUUGGCCGCUUUCCUCACCGUUUCUCGCUUGGAAACGACAAUCAAUUCACUGGAUGAUCUCGCUAAACAGUACAAAAUCGAGUACGCACCAAUCAAGGGGAGUGCCAGUGAGACGUACUUUAGGCGAAUGGCCGAAGUCGAGGAGAUAUUUUACAAUAUUUGGAAAGAGAUGUCGUUGAAUGAGAGCAUGACACCAGAGGAGCGAUCAAGGUUGGCCGUUUGGGACUAUCCAGUGUCGGACAAAUUCACGAAUAUGUGGCGAUAUAUGCAAGAGUCCAAGUUACCAGAGAACAUCAGCGCGGCGGUUGACCGAGUGAUCAACUCGGCUGAUGGAUUUGCUUUUAUUGGUGAUGCAACAGAGAUAAAGUAUGCUGUGCUGACGAACUGUAAACUGCAACAAGUGGGUACUGAAUUCUCUCGAAAGCCUUAUGCAAUCGCUGUGCAAAGCGGACAUCCGCUGAAAGAUCCGAUUUCAUCAGCAAUUCUCGUUUUGUUGAACAAUCGAACGUUGGAAACGCUCAAGGACACGUGGUGGGAUGGAAAUUCGAACAAGGUAAAAUGCCCGGAUAUGAUCAGCGAAUCGGAUGGGAUCUCGAUUCAAAAUAUCGGUGGAGUGUUUAUCGUGAUCUUGGCGGGAAUCGUUCUCUCACUCUUCACUCUUGGAAUUGAAUAUUUGUACUAUAAACGAUAUCGAAAAUCAACAAUCACAAAAGUGACAGGCGAUCACGAUCACAAAGGAGAUAUUAUACCGGUGGAGAAGGGGACACAUAUGAAUGGGACAUUGAGCCAGAUGGUUUCAUCAACAAACGGAACCGCUUUAAAACACCGAAAAGAGACGCAUCCAACUGGAGUCGAUCAUCCAAAUCAAAUCACGUAUAACAAUGAAGCUUUUCAAUAU